AUGUCUUGUUCCUCUAUACAGGCGCAUUACAUUGUCGGCCCGGACAUGACAAUCGAGCUCCUCAAAAGUAUUGUCGAGAGCGAAACCUCCAUACCGCCAUCUUCCCAACGUCUUGUAUAUAACCAGCAGCUACUCGGCGAUGACUCCAAAACACUCGAGCAGGUCGGAAUCGGCGAGGGAGAUAUGCUAGGCGUUCAUGUCACGCUACGUGGCGGUGCGCCAUCGGUGCAGGGCCAGGCUCGACCGACAGGAAUAGGCGGCACAAGUGGCGCUUCACAUUCACAGCAGAUCCAGCAGCGACGACAGCAACAAAUUAAUCCCGAUCCCGAGAUGAUCCGACUACACAUCUUAGGCGACCCCCGAGUGCGCGACGCCGUGCGACAGCGCAACCCCGAGCUGGCAGACGUCGCGCACGAUCCGCACCGGUUCCGCGAAGUCCUCCUCACCCAGCAGCGGCUGGAGUCGCAGAGGGAGGCAGAAAAGGAAGCCCGCAUUGCGAUGCUGAACGCCGAUCCUUUCAACCCGGAGAAUCAGAAGGAGAUUGAGGAGAUUAUCCGCCAAAAUGCGGUCACAGAGAACCUGCAUAAUGCCAUGGAGCAUCAUCCUGAAUCAUUUGGCCGCGUGACAAUGCUGUAUAUUCCCGUUGAAGUCAACGGCCAUAAACUCAACGCCUUUGUCGACUCGGGUGCGCAAGUAACAAUCAUGUCUCCGGACUGCGCGACGGCGUGCAACAUUAUGCGCCUCGUCGACUCACGCUACGGCGGUAUUGCGAAGGGUGUCGGAACAGCAAAUAUCCUCGGCCGCGUACACUCUGCCCAGAUUAAGAUUGGCGACAUGUUCCUCCCUUGCUCGUUCACCGUCAUGGAAGGGAAACACAUUGAUCUCCUGCUCGGUCUGGACAUGCUCAGACGGCAUCAGGCGUGCAUUGAUUUAAGACGAGGUGCGCUUGUCAUACAAGACCAAGCUGUCCCGUUCUUAGGCGAGGCAGAUAUUCCCAAGCACCUCCUCGAGGAGUUUGAGGAUGAGCCUGUCAUUAAGGGCGCGGAUGGCGCGGAGGUCGGCGCGCGGACUGGCGCCGUUACACACCAAGCUGGCGGCAGUACUCCUGCUCCUGGACCUAGCUCGGCUGCGAAUGCAACGGCUUCAUCUUCUCGUCCGGCUGCCGUGCAUAGACCGUCGCCGCGCUGGCCGGAGGCGUCAAUUGCAAAAAUCACAGAGCUGGGGUUCACCCGUGAGGAAGCGACGCGUGCGCUGGAGGCCGCGAACGGAGACUUAGACGGGGCGAUAGGGUUUCUGAUAUGAUUGAUAUGAUUGAUUCCAUUCCGAGACAAAGGCUAGUGGCGAUGUUGAGUUGGAGUUUGAGUUACCGACUACGGGGAAUUGGUACGACGUGUUCCAUUAAGGCAGUGCUUACCUUUUAUGAUUCAUGGCUAGCAACUAUAUGAUAGACCUGCCGAGCUACUGUUUCGCCGGCACUGUGUAUUGGGCAUCAGUCCUUCCAGACCAUCCCACUGUCUGGCAUUGCAUACAAAAUAACAUUAUAUAUUUCCGGA